GAAAUCUCGGGGCCCCGUAGGCACGGGGACUAUGGCGGCCGUGGCGGUCUCGGAACCUGGGUGCCGGAAUUGGUUCUUGUGCCCCGAGGUGCCAUCCGCCACCUUCUUCACCGCGCUGCUCUCGCUACUGGUGUCCGGUCCCCGCCUCUUCCUGCUGCAGCCGCCGCUACCACCCUCCGGCCUCUCGUUAGGGUCCGAUUGCCUGCGCAACUGGCAAGUUUACAGGCUGGUGACCUACAUCUUUGUCUAUGAGAAUCCAGUCUCUCUGCUCUGCGGUGCUAUCAUCAUCUGGCGCUUUGCUGGCAAUUUUGAAAGAACCGUGGGCACCGUCCGCCACUGCUUCUUCACCGUGAUCUUCGCCCUCAUCUCCGCUAUCAUCUUCCUGUCGUUUGAGGCUGUGUCAUCACUGUCGAAGCUGGGGGAAGUGGAGGAUGCCAGAGGUUUUACCCCAGUGGCUUUUGCUAUGCUGGGAGUCAGCGCCGUCCGCUCUCGGAUGCGGAGGGCCCUGGUAUUUGGCGUGGUUGUACCGUCAAUGUUGGUGCCCUGGCUCCUGCUGUGUGCUUCCUGGCUCAUUCCCCAGACCUCUUUUCUCAGUAAUGUCUGUGGACUUGGAGUUGGCCUAGCAUAUGGCCUCACAUACUGCUAUUCCCUCGACCUCUCAGAGCGAGUGGCAUUGAAGCUUGACCAGAAGUUCCCUUUCAGCCUUAUGAGGAGGAUUUCAAUGCUCAAGUACAUCUCAGGCUCUUCAGCUGAAAGAAGGGCAGCCCAGAGCCGGAAGCUGAACCCCGUGCCCGGCUCUUACCCCAAGCAGAGCAGCCACCCUCACCUGUUCCUGAGCCACCCUGUUGCCCAGAUGCAGCACACCGAUGGCCAGAAACUAGCUUCCUGGCCAGCCUGUGCUGCUGGUUCUGGGCACAUGCCCAGCCUGCCUCCCUACCAGCCUGCCUCUGGCCUGUGUUAUGUGCAAAACCAUUUUGGCACAACACCUAACUCCUCCAGUGUCUGCCCGGGUUCCACAGGGGUCUCCUUAGGGGUCCAGCCCCCUGCCCCUCUCAACUGCCCUGGAACUGUAUGUUCUGGGGCCCUGCCCACUCCAGUGACCACAGCCUCCAAGGAGGGCUCAAGGGUCCUGAUCCCCUGAAGGGGAAUUUCUAGGGAGAUUAUCUUACAUAUUGGCCUUCUGAAGAAGGUCCCCUCUGAGCUGAGGUUUUCUUGACAAAAAAUUAUUUAUUGAACACCUCUAUGUGCCAGGUUCUGUGUUAAGAACUUUGAUAUAUGUCUUUAUUUCAUCCUCAUGACAAUUUUGUGAAGUUUAUUGUCCCCACUUUAUACCUGCAUUACCAAGACUGAUUACAUGAAGUUGACCAGCUCUGUAGUGGCACAGUUGGGCUUCUUGGCUCCAGGCACAGGGCUCCUCCCACCUGCUGUCCUGCUUCCCAAAGAAUACCUGGUUGUCAGUGACUAGUUCCAGCUGUAAGUUUUCUUCCUGCCACUGUGUAUAGAGCUCUUGAUUGUAGUGUGUGCGUGUGUGUCUGCCCUUCUGGAGCUCCCAGCUGGUGUGCUCGGCAGUCUCCAGGCCUUCGUAGUGUUUCUCCCCUGCCGUGACUGCCCACUCCCCACCCCUUAAGGCUUCCGCCCCAGCAUGGUGAGAAGGACCAACGUGGAUGGCAGCAGCAUGCUGGUGGCUCCAUAAUGUCAAUUACCUUUGUAUAAAGAAACAACCUCUAAACUGCCUGUUUG